GAAAACAUCAGUGAACAUCGGUACAUCACUAACAACAGCUCUACUUGCGACCUCUUGAUUCGCUCCAAAGCAAUCAAAUACAAACAAAAGAAAAAAUAUGAAAAUAAUGGAAACAAGUUAGUCGCAAAGUGCAACAACAAGAUGGCAGGCAUUUGCCCCAGAGAGGCUGUGAGAGUUAAAGUGAAGAAAUGCGAGUCGACCACCAAACCAGAGUGGCGAAAGUUUUCGGUAGACCCCCAGAUUACAACUUUGGAGGUUCUGUACUCUUUGCUCGCCAAGGCGUUUGACGUCAAGUCGGACUUCUCCAUUAAAUACAAAGCCUUUGAUCCGGCUGGCAAUGAAAUUUACUUGGCCGUCCGCUCUGAUUGGGACCUCGAUGCGGCGUUUCUUCGAAUUCACAACAUUUCCAUACAGACAGCCUCAGAGCCCUGUUUGAUGCUGCAGAUCGAUGUGAAACCGUUCACAUUGGUAAGGGAGUGCGAGACGGAGUCACCCGCAACCACCAGCCGAUCAAGCAGCAUUACCUCAUCGACACUCUCUGCCUCCCCAAGUGGGGGGAGUGCUAGUGGUGGCGGUCAUGCAUCUGCCCGGGAGCUGGUGUCGCCGCUGCAGUCGUUGGGAGUCUCGCAGAAAUAUGUUCAACACAUGCAGACGAAACUGCCGGGUCUCAUCAUGAAUCACAUGGAAAAGACUUUUUCGAUCGUUCAGAAGGCAUUCAAUUUGUCCGAGGAACACAUGGCCAAUCUUCCGCCUCGUCCUCCCAUGUGCGACAGCGAAUUUCGCCUGUUCCUAGAUGCUCUAGGCCAGAUCCAGCGCAAGGAUGAGUUGCACAAGGUGAUCUUCCUGGGCGGGAUCGAUCCUAGCCUUCGCCGCGUUGUGUGGAAGCACCUGCUUAAUGUCUAUCCAGGCGGGACACACGGACUGGCCUUGGAUGGGCAUCAGCGUAUGGAGUUUAUGCGGCGCAAGUCGGAGCAGUACUGCAGGCUUAGGGACACAUGGAAGGCGGCCAUUAAACGGGGCAGUGUGGCCGGAGAACUCGCCUACGUAACCAGCAUGGUGAAAAAGGAUGUCCUGCGCACGGACCGACUGCAUCCGUUCUACGCCGGCAGCGACGACAAUCAGAACAUUGCAUCGCUUUUCAACAUCCUCACCACCUACGCCCUGAACCAUCCCUCGGUGAGCUAUUGUCAGGGAAUGUCGGAUAUAGCCUCGCCCCUUCUGGUCACCAUGAACGAUGAAGCCCAGGCCUACAUAUGCUUCUGUGCCAUUAUGUCUCGAGUCCGCGGUAACUUCAUGCUAGACGGCAUCGCGAUGACGCAGAAGUUCGCACACCUCACAGAGGCACUAAGCUUCUACGAUCCCGAGUUCUGGGAGUACCUCAAGUCGCAGCAGGCAGACGAUUUACUCUUCUGUUACCGUUGGCUGCUGCUCGAGCUGAAGCGGGAGUUCCCAUUCGAGGAUGCGCUGCGCAUGCUGGAGGUACAGUGGAGCUCGCUCCGUUAUGGCAGCAAUCCCAGUAGCGAAAAGGAGCUUCAGUUGUUUGAGAAGGAAUUCUUGGCCAUUGCGGAUGCCUCAGUGCCCAGCAGUGCCAGCACGUUCUCCAGCUCCUACAGCGCGACGCCGACCAGUCCUUCUUAUCUAUUAAACAAACCGCGAGAGAAUCCUUACACAAAGGUCUGUGCACUACGCCGUCAGAGCUCGUCCGCAUCUCUCAGCUCGUUAAGCUCUUCCCUCGGGGCCAGCGGCCAUGCUCUGGACAGCACAAAGCGGUUGAAUCACAGUCUGGACGACAAUAUGUCUCGUCAUGCGGGGGCAGCUGCUCGUCGUCAGCGACGAACUUCUGCCAAAGUGCACCAGAGCCUAGACGAGUCAAAAAUGUUGGCGCUGAUUGAGGGGGCCACGGAAAGCACAAUCGUUCAGUCUGUGCAAAAACUAACUGCCGGCGAGGAUUCCGAGGAGGAUGAUGAUGUAUUUGAUAGGAAGGACUCCCCGCGUUUUCUUGAAACGAAUCCUUUUAAAGAUGAUGCCCAAAAGGCCCCAGGCGCGGAAAGCCCAAAAUCAGCCUCUCCAGGACGGGCCUUCCUGUGCAGUUCAUCCUCAUCUUGCAACUUGGACGAGGCACCGCAGGGCCCCGUGGGACAAAAGCCACAGCAAAAUAACAUUUUAUCCGUAAGCAAUAUAAUUGCAAAGCAAUUGGCAUCGAAUGCCAGUCACGUCAGCGAGAGUGUAAAGCGCGUCAGUAGCGGCAGCCACUUCAAGGACCUCAAGGAGAAGCUUGCAUCGACGAGCCGCAUUGGUAUUCCGUUCAAUGAAGAUGGCGAGACUGCCAUCUCCGGUAAUGGCGAAAGCCAGAUGCCGCCCAAGCUUGUCAAGAACUUCAACGAAUUUCUCAAUUUCGCAACAAUUAAUAAGAACCGCAUCUCAGAUCGAAUUGCCAAUCAGCAGUUUUUGGGCGAAAAGCGGUCUCCCCCAGACUCUACUUCGCUCUCCAAGCCGCUGGUUCAGUUGACCAAAGCCGGACUGGGAGGGUCCCUCGAUGAGUCCGACUCUUCUUCGCUGCCAGAUACUAGUUGGAGCGCCUCAACAGCGGCAACGGCCAUACAACAGGCGCAAGACUUGAGCAGCUACAAUCUGCAGCUGGAGUUGGAGAACAUCUCGCCAGGACUCCGCACUCCGGACCUGCAACAGAGGGAACCGGGAGACCGGGUGCCAGAGGUGAGAAAUACCAGCGACUGCACGCCCGACCAGGAGCCAGACCAGGAUCAAGAAUAUUAUCCCAUGACAAACGCAAUAACACGUGAGCUGCGUCUGGAGGCGGAAAACUUGGAUCGCCAAGUGUUCGGCCUCCCCUUCACGGAGAGCACAAAACGGCCGAUGGAUUCAGACGGAAUAGAGUACGAAGAGCUGGACAAGGACACGCUGGACAUGGUAGAUGAUCUUAAGGAGAACGAGAUCAUAACGUGUCCCGACGUCAGCGAACUGCACAUGCGACGUCGCCAGCGACUAGCGGCCACCAAGAGCAACAGCGUCCAGCUGAACGAGUCCCGCACUUUCAAUCCGUUCAUCGACGAAAGCCAGCUGCUGCUGGACGGGCAUAGUCCGCUGGGAAUGCGCAACAGCAGUAGCCUGCCAGAGGUGAUCCUGCCCAUCUCAACAGAGCCGAAUUUGGUGGAAGUAUCCCCGCUUGUGGAGAUUGCCACCAAUGCCGAUGACGAGAGCGCGUACACACAUUCGCCACAACGAACGGGCAAUCUGAAUGGAAUCGCCGGAACACUUGGCACCACGUCGACGGCACUACCUCCGCCGUCAGAAUUCGGCGGUGGCAAUGCCUUCCUGAUGUUCCUUUGCCUUACCCUGCUGCUGCAGCACCGCAACACCAUCAUGAAAGCGGGAAUGGACUACAACGAGAUUGCGAUGCACUUUGACAAGAUGGUGCGCAAGCACGACGUUACACGCGUUCUCAACCAAGCCAGGCGAAUGUAUGUCGAGUAUUUGAAGGCCCAGAGCUGUUUGCAGCAUCAGCAGACGACCAGUGCGACACCGUCUCCGGGCAACCCCGUGUCGACGGGCAGGCAGUCGGCCACGACCUUGCCUGCGUAGGUUUAGGCAGCAGUGGAACUUGACCGAAACUCCCAUUGAUUCUGACUGGAACUGAUCGAACUUAACGGCAGAUCAGUGUGGAGUACUGAAGUUGAACCAACUGAAGCGAUAAGCCACUCUUUUUGCAUAUUAGUUCUCGAUUUUAUUUAUAGAUUGCCUUAGUUUACUAGUGUUCCGAUGCAUUCCAUGCUCUUGUAGAGACUUGACUACCACCACACUGCUUACUAUGAGAUAUUUGAUGAGAUACAAUUGACGACGCCUGGAAGAGUCGGAGCCCAAUUACUGUUUUUCCUUUCCUCUAUAUAUUCAAACGUUAGUCGUCAAUGUCUUUAUACUUACUCAGCUAAUGAAAAGUCGUUUUGUAAAUUAACUGAUACCAAAUAAUAAUAUACGAUUGAUUAUGCAUAUGUAAAGCUACCGAAAAUCAAAUACUAAACAGUCGCUAAAUAAAUGAAUUCGAAAGAAAGAAA